AUGGUUGAAUACGGCAUGUUUUUGAAUAUUAGAUAUAAGGUGGACCCUACCGUGAGCGAGGAAAGCUCGGAAAACACAUCAUCAGGGUCCCUGUUCGAUGCAUGCGGAAUGGUCCCAUGCGAUAUUAAAUCUCGUGCUUCUAGUUCAGAUGAGGAAGAUGAUCAGCCAAUGGACAAAGAAGCAAGCAAUGAUGCACCAUUCGUUGAUAUUCUCCCGGAAAACAGGCCAUUUGUUGUUGUCAUCUCGGCGUCCGCCUGCAACAACAGAGACUUCUGCAAACUAUUGAAUGAAUUUUUUAAAAGCUUUGCUGGAUACAGAAACGUAAGAUGCCUAAAGUUCAAUAAAGAAACACCGGUUCAAGAAUAUAGUGGAAGGCUAUACGUUGCGACAGCAGACGAGAGUACGAUAGAUUGGGUGCUGGGUGUCAUCUGCAAAAAAGAUAACUACGAAGCUGUUCCCCUUACGGAAUUUCUACAUCUCUUACCAGCUCGAGUCAUAGUGCCCAAAGUAGAAAAAUGCUUAAGUAAAAUCUUUGAUAUGCUCGAACGACAAAAUAAUGGUAUACAAACAUAUAAAUGGUCUGUUAUCGAUAGAAACGAUUUGGAUCCAUGCUCCAACGAUAAUAUUACGAAAGUAUGCGUUAAUGAAGCGAUCGAUCUAUACAUGGACGCUGACAGUAUUGAGACUAUUAAAAACAGAUGCUAUCAGUUGAGAUAUCUUUUCUGGGUAGUCAAAUUCAUGUUUUGCGAGUAAUUGUCAAAUUAACAUAUAUUUUAUUAUAUUUCAUUAUA